CAAAGUUACUCAUUAACUCAAGUCCUUCAGAACACGAUUGAGGUGAACGCACCCCCUUUCAACCUUUGCACAACAUGCCUUCAUUUUAUAGCAAAGGCAUAAUACAAACUUACAGUGACAAUGCUGCAUUAAUGUGAGCUAUAAGGAAGAGGACAUAUUGUUACCUGGGUUUCAGGUACAUACAAACCAGGCUGACCAGGAAGCGGGGGAACCAUGGGGUCCUGGGGCCACGGCCUGUGUGUGGUUUUGUGUUUCUGGGGAACAGUUAGCGGGAGCAUGCUUCAGAGUCGCACUGUUGGCCCGUGUACUGUCAAUACUGGCACGGCAUCAUUUAACUGCAGUUGGAGGAAACUGGCUCAUAUUCCAACAGAGAUAUGGGACAAUGCAACCACACUGGACCUCUCCCAGAACCACCUCAACUUAACUAACCCUCAACACCUCAGACAACUACAGAGGUUGGAUCAGUUGGUUAACCUCAAUCUCUCAGGCAACUACCUCCCUCUGCUGGGGAAAGACAACCUCUGCAGCCUCCCCUCCCUGCAUACACUAGACCUCAGUGGCUGCCAAUUGACUUCCAUAGAGGCUGGAGCUCUGCAGGGUUUACCCAGGUUAGGGGAGCUGUUUUUGGGGCACAACAGACUGCAAGUCCCAAUGUCUGUCUCCACUCAAGAUAUAGUAACUAUAUCCUUCCUGGAUUUCCAUGGGAACCAAGAGCUUGAGCGUGUCUCUGAUGAUUUGUCGACAGGAAUCAGAAGACCAUUUCAUAGAAAACUGUUGGCAAAUGACCGUGAACAUCCCACCACAACUCCAACGAACACAAUGACUACAGCUAAUGGCACAGAGUCGCCUGGUCAGAGCCGCCCCUCCCACAGUUGGCAAUAUUUGGUGGCAGUCCUUGUGACGGCAAUCUCCCUCUCCCUCCUCAUCGCCAGCCUGGCCAAAUGCCAGCUGGUCCGCCGCUACCUAGCCAGCUAUCGCCACACCCGUCUGACCGAGCAGGACACAGCCAGCCAGUGUGACCCCAACAGUCUGGAGGUGGGCUUCUCUAUGUAGAACCAUGGGGGACAGGCACAGAGCCCCCACCCUGCUGCUGUCCCCCAGGGAGAGAUUGAGAUAGAGGAUGAGGAAGAUGAUGAUGGCUUCAUAGAGGAUAACUACAUACAAGCCAGCGAGAGGGAGAGGGCUAAGAGGGCACUCCUGGAGGAAGAGGAGGAAGAGGAUGGGAUGGACUUUACCAUUGGCUAGGAAGAAAGGGAGAAGGUGGAAAGAGAGGGGAGAGAAUGAGAGAGGGAAGAGAGAGAGAGAGAGAGAGAGAGAGAGAGGUCACUAGCCUAUUUGGACACUGAUUUGGGCCAAUGCAGAUAUUAAACAUAAGCAUGUCUAUUUCCAUCAUCUUUAGAGGGAAAUAACAGUCCAGAGACAGAUGAAUACAAAACUGAUAAUAGCAAUAACUCAAUUUAGCUCCGCAAUAGGGCACCUUUGCCUGUGUCUUUCAAUGGAUAUCAAAAUUGGACUGACUGUUGGUAUAGACUUUGAUAGAAAUUUGUUCGAAAAUUAUUAUUUAAAGUGGAUCAAAUAAUCAAUCAAUCAAUUUGGUUUUGAGUUAGGUGUUUUAAAGUUUUACCAAUGCAUUUGAUGUUAUUUGGGUGUGCCUGCACUCCAUUUUGUUACAUUUGUAGAUAAAAUAAAACGUUUUCAAAUUCAA